CAAGGCCAUUAGGUGAUCAUUCCAUGAAAUAUAUAAAUGAAUGAAACAUAAACAAUCCAUUUCUAGGGACUGUUUAUCUGACUGAGUAUACAGCUAUAAAAGGCAUACCGAGAGCUAAUAUGUUUUUAGAACAUGUACCAGUAAAUCAUAGCAUCAAAAAAUCAAUUCUGAAUCAGACAAAUGCCUCAAUUAUGGCUACGGAAGAUGAUUACGAUGAUUGAUGCCUGGGAUUUGGACAAAGAUGGGUAUGUUGGGUAUGAUGAUGUAAUGAACAUAGCAUAUAAGUUUAUCCAAGUUGGUAAAUUUGAUGGAAAUUCUGCAGAUAAUGUAAUAGAGUUUUACAGAGGUGGACUAAAGCACUCAAGUGAUAACCCCUUUGAAGAAAUUGUCCAAUCGACAUCCAUGUCAGAUCAGCUAGUGGCGAUUUGGAGGACCAAAGAUAAUCCAUCUGCAUUGAAGUUGAUUUGCAAAUUGUAUUCUGAUAUGUUUAAGGCUCUUGAUCGCAACGCCACUGGAUUUCUUACAUUUGACCAGUACCUGGUGUUUUGGAACACAUUCAACCUUGAUAAGAGAUUUGCAAAACUGCAAUUUGACAACAUGGAUACUGACCUUGAUGGAAAGAUAAGUGAAGAAGAGUUUGUGAAUGCUUACCUUGAUUACCGUAAGAAGGAAGAUGAUAAACUCAAUCGAUUUUUUGGACCACUCUUAAAGUAUUGAACUUGGCCGAAAUACAGGAAAUUGAUUAGUGACAUGAUAAUUUUAAUUUAACUUUUAUACUUUAACUUGAACAUUUCAAGGAACGUAUUCAACUAUAAACUUUCUAAAAUUGUAAUUUUGUUCCAAUACUGUGACAUGGAUUAAUAAAAAAAAAACUCAUAUCAGUAACAGCUAAAACACAACAUAACUUUUCAUGUUCUUUAUUUUAUGAGGCAAUAUUUUAUUCUUAUCACAGUGUGACAUUCUUUCCUCACACCUGUAUGAAAGUUCUAGAAUGAAUUGACUAGAAUAUAAAUGUUCGA